AUGGCGAUCCACUUCGGGCCGCCGGCGGCAAUCAUACUGGGGUCGGAGACGACCAAGGACUUCCACUUCGUCGGAAUGCCGCCCGGCACGAUCCUGCUGACGCCCAUGAGCGUCAGGAUCCAGCGUCAGCGGAAGCGACCGUGGCAGCAGAACGACGUCAGCCGCAAGGGCCUGCCGUGCGCCGCCGCCUUCGCGUGCACGGACUACAAGGUGCAGGGGAACGCUGGAGCGCGUGGCGCUCGAGUUGCGGGCACGAGGACGACCAACGUCGGCGGACGCGCCGUCCCGUCGCAGUGCGACCCGUACAGCCUGUACGUGCAGCUAUCGCGGUGCCCGACGCUGGACGGCAUCAUGCUCGUGUCGAAGGUGCGGAGAGGGACCUGGUGGGAAACCGGGUCCCCGGGAGAUGACCGCAGCACAGGCGAGGCUGGAGGGCUAAGCGACAGGACCGUCCGGGAGGCGCUGCGCUGGCUCGGCGACGAGGUCGAGGCCGCGGAGGAAGGGGGGAAGCCUUCCGCAGACACAAGAUUUUGA